CCCGUAUUGAUUUUUCUUCCAGAGCGCAUCCCGACCACUUGGGCAGAAUGGGUGUCCUGGCAAGCAUCAAAUGACAUGAUAAAAUGUGACAGGGGCGCACGCCGUAUUGACGCGCCAAGAUAAAGAUGCCUUGGUUGCUACUUGGAACUGCUGUCUUGGAAUUGAUAUGCCUGGGCGCAACUGUAGACUCCGCUAUUAUUCAAAAGCGCCUCAUUGGAACGGCUUGCAACACAACGGCGCAAUGCCAGGCACUUCUACCAAAAAGCCAAUGCAUAUAUUCAAGCUGCUUUUGUAUAGGUGGCCACUACUACAGCUGGAGAAACAACAGCUGCAUCCCACUCAUGCUCCUUGGUGAGAACUGCACACACGACAACGAGUGCAGCUCCCACCUCAUGUGCAGCGGCCAGCGGUGCACCUGCAUGCCGGGAUACAAACAGGUCAAGGAUUGGUGCGAACCAACGCAGAUGCAAGAUGACACUGAGCGGUUUAUGGAGUUCCCACAGGAACAACCCAACCUGCUCGUUGUCAUACUUAAGGGACUUGGUAUCAUUGCCCUCAAGGUGUCCCUCUUCUACCUGCUGGCAAAAGUGAUGUGUUUCUCUUGCAAUCACAUGGUGAGUCAGCAAGAAUAUACUGCCGGCGAAAUCUACAGCCCACCAACCAAGCCCUGUUCACAGGAACAACUGGCAGUUAGCAUGCCAUACCCCUCCACAAUUGCAACCGGUGCGCAAUACCAGGUGCCACUUUACGUAGACCAAAUGGUGCAGUUCCCUAAGGAGCAGACAGCCAACUAUACUGGAGAACAACCUACUACACCUCAGCCUGCUUUUCCAGCUUAAGCCACGUACAUACACUGUGCCAAGUUGUUCUUGCGUACCACUGCACUGAUUUGAGGCAGGCUACCACUACAGCUAAACUGCUGGCAAACCUCUUUCACUAAAGCUGUAUCACUUGAAAUCAUUCUACCAGCUGAGAAUGCAGACAUUCUGUCUUCCAA